GUGAUUGUGGUAGUUGAGAUGAUGGCCUGCCUGAGAGCUCAAGGAGGCUUGGGUUUGGGACACGGUGGUAACAGCCAAACUACGAAGGAGUGGAUCUCGGUGGGGCUGAAGUGUCAUUGUACGGAUACCGGGUACCUCUGACCACCUACAGUGGCGCGUGCUUUUGGCUCAGGUCCUUGUGGAGGCCUUUGCAGCUGUUCUACGUCACUCAGGGCUCAUCCAAUGGCCGAGCUUGGUGAUAUGUAACUGAUCGCAGCUCCAAGCCCUUGCCAUGUUCAGGCUUGAAACUCCCCCGUCAGGUUGAGAAGCAAUCGGUUCUGUACACAAUGGCACGAAGCGUGGAUCCGGCAAUUAUCGAGGCUCUCGGUCUCGAUCCCGAGCAGACCAAGAUCGCGUCGCACGGAGCUUCCGGUUUUGCGUCGUCGUUCAAACUCACAUCCGUUAUUGAUGGGCAGCCCACCAACUUCUUCGUGAAGAUGGGCUCGGGAAAAGAUGCAGAAAUUAUGUUCAGAGGCGAGCAUGAAUCGCUAAACGCAAUCCACAAUGCUGUCCCGGAUUUCUGCCCAAAGUCUUACGCCCACGGAGAGUACCAGUCGUCGCCGGGCAAGCAUUUUAUGGUCACGGACUUCCUGGAUCUCGGGUCGUCCGCCCCGGGCGGCUCCGGCCUCUCCCUGGCAGCGAAACUCGCCAAGCUGCACACGACGCCGGCCCCCAUCCCGGAGGGCUUCGACAAGCCCAUGUACGGCUUCCCGGCGACGACAUGCUGUGGCUCGACGCCGCAGGACAACUCAUGGAAGGAGUCCUGGGCCGAGUUCUACGCCGAGAACAGGCUACGCAGCAUCCUGCGCGCCGGCAUCAAGAGUAAUGGCUCCGACGGUGAGCUGUCCAAAGCCGUGGAGACGGUCGCGAGCAGGGUCGUCCCACGGCUGAUCGGCGACGACCACGUCAGGGGCAUGAAGCCGGUGGUGGUCCACGGGGACCUCUGGAGCGGGAACCACGGCCGGGGCCGGAUCGGCGGCAAGGGCGGCGCCGAGGAGGUGGUGUACGACUCGUCGGCCGUGUACGGCCACUCCGAGUACGAGCUGGGCAUUAUGAACAUGUUUGGUGGGUUCGGGGGGACGUUCUGGAACGAGUACAACAAACUCGUCCCCAAGGCCGAGCCGAAAGAGGAAUGGGAGGACCGGGUCGCGCUGUACGAGCUAUAUCACCACCUCAACCAUUACGCCAUGUUCGGCGGGGGCUAUCGUAGCGGCGCGAUGGGGAUCAUGAAGAAGCUGAUUUCAAGGUACGGCUGAGGCUGAAGUCUUGGAUCAACUCGUAUGAGAAGGUGUCGUCGAGCGUGUUUAAUUGAAUUGCGUUGGAGGUAUUCCAUAUUAACGCCGGGCCGCGCCGCUGGGAACCCUGAGCUAGGUACCUAGGUAGGUAGCUCGGCGUAUUGACUAGCGGCCACCAAAACGAUGGCUGCAAGAUUUAGGGGCCAUUGCUCUCGGACGAUGUCCUGACGACAUAUUCCGAAGUGCAUGUAAUAAUGACAUGCGUUGUUAAGGGUCUCAAACAUGCCUGCGAUGGCGGGCCUCCCACU